AUGGAGAAGAGGGAACACUUAGUCUUGACCUUCUAUAAUCCUAAGGCUCCCAAAAUUCGGGGGAAUCGGAACUACCAAAGGCCUACCCUCCCCAUCAACAAACAGCCGAGUGCCACGAUACCACCCCAGAGGCGGCAGCACCAUGUGGACCAGACACAUAUCUACAUCCGAAUGUUCUGUGGCAGCCUGUGUGGUUUUGGUCUCCUAAUGCUGAUCUGCACAACCCCACUGAACUGGGUGCAGUUCCUGGUGGUCAAGAAUGGCCUUGAACUCUACUCAGGACUCUGGAUCUCAUGCAACCAUGAGCUGUGCUGGAGCCGCACACCUAAACCGCCCUAUUACCUUCAGUUUUCCAGGGCUUUCUUCCUCAUCUCUCUCUUCUCCACACUCGUUGCCCUUGGCUGGCUCAUAAGCUCUUGCCUGCCUAGAAGAGGAAGCUUAACCACCAACUUGGAUCUGAAGGUAUCCAUACUCAGCUUCAUCUCAGCCAUCUCCCUGCUCCUCUGCCUCGUCCUAUUUCUGGCACAGGUUCACUGGCAUGCUAAGGAUGCCUUGGAGCCAGAUCUCCUAUGGGCCUAUCAUAUUAAUUGGUGGAGUGACUUCUUAUACACGUUUUCUGGGAUCAUCUCCUUCCUCAACUACAUAACUUUCAGAUUUCCUUCCCUUGAUCGAAAUGUCAGUGCGAUUCCCAUAGAGCAGUCAAGGCUGGGGGUUGGUCCAGUGACUACAGUAGUACCUGAUGAAGAUGAAAGGUUAAGGUCUGAUAAGGAAUCUCCAGUUGAGGAAGAGAAAACAGCCCCAGAAGCAGAACCGUGA